UAAACACCAAAAGUGACAAAACGGCGCUCAGUUGUUGAACUAAAAUCGAAUCCGACGGUCGCAUAACCUUGGGCUUGGCAUUCGGGCGUUGAAAAACCUUCGUUCUCAAACCCCAUCGAAGGCCAAUCGAUUUGCGCUAUAUCAGCUACAUCAGCUCAAAUUAUAUAUAAAGAACAGAAUGUUCAAGUUAACCAGUGUUCUUAGCCUCUUCUUGCUGAUCCAGAGUUUUGGUUGGGCCAAGAUCCAGGAUGAGCCCCGGGAGAAGCGCCAAACGGAAAAGCUUCACAUAACUCUUCUGUACGAGUCCCUUUGUCCGGAUAGCAGGAACUUUAUGCACCAACUGGGACCCGUUUACGAGGAGUUCCAGAACUACAUCGACAUCCUACUGGUGCCAUUCGGUAAGUCGAAGUCGGAGGGAAAUGGAGCCAUAUUUCACUGCCAGCACGGACCGGCGGAGUGCCAGGGCAAUAGACUCCAGAGUUGCGUCAUCAACAGCACCGGAAAUCAGGCGGCCCAGGUGAAAUUUGUGGUUUGCCAGAUGCUGGCCCCGGACUACUCCCGCGUCGAUGAGUGCGCCAGCGAGGCGGGCCUGGUAACCGAUGUGGACCACUGUGUGACCAGCGAGACGGGCACCAAGUUGCAGCUUCAGGCCGAGCUGGUGACCAAGCGCUACAGUCCGAGCUUCGUUCCCACAAUCGUCUACAAUGGCGUAUUCAAUCAGCAGCUGCAGGACCAUUCGAUCCGCGAUUUCCGUAGCACGGUCUGCCAUUUGUUGCGUCAACAAAACUUGCUGCCCAGCGGCAACUCAAUCUGCCAGUAGUUCCACUAAAAUGUAAUGUUCACAAUGUAACUGCCACAAGUUUGGAAUGUAAAUUAAAAUACAGAAACUGGUUUUUUUUUUCGAA